AUGGUCUCGGACACGGAUCUGUUCAUCUCGUAUGGCGUCUUGAUGACGGCCGCGCUGGUGCCCAUCUACUUUGGCUCGUACGCCUCGCUCGAGACGCCCAAGAGCACGCGCGAGCUGAAGCGCGAGGCCAAGAAGAAGAAAAAGGCGGCCAGGAAGGCUGCGGCGGCGACGAGCGACUCGGACGACUCGGACGACGACGACGGGUGGGGCUCCGACUCGGACGACGACGACGGCGAGACGAUGACGGAGCGGCUGACGUCUUCGGACGCGUGGCUGUUCCCCGUCAUGGGCAGCGCGGUGCUGUUUGGCAUGUUCCUGGUGUUCAAGUACAUCAACAAGGAGUACGUCAACAUGCUGCUGGGCGUCUACUUUGGGCUGGUGGGCUGCUUUGCCGUGAGCAAGGUGUUUGUCGCCGUGACCAAGGCGGCGACGCCGCGGUCGCUGUGGAAGCGGCUGCCCGCCUUCCGCUUCUCGCUCCAGCAGCGCGGCCAGGGCGAGAUCCUGCGGGCGCGCUUCACCCACGUCGACGUGGGCCUCUUUAUCCUGUCGGCCGUGCUCAACGGCGUCUACAUGGUCACCAAGAACUGGAUCAUCUCGAACCUGCUGGCGCUCUCGCUGGCGCUCAACGCCAUCAGCCUCAUGUCGCUCGACUCGUUCCGCACGGGCGCCAUCAUGCUCGGCGGCCUCUUCCUCUACGACAUCUUUUGGGUGUUUGGCACGCCCGUCAUGGUGACGGUGGCGCGCAACUUUGACGCGCCCAUCAAGAUUGUGUGGCCCAAAAACAUCCUCGACGCCCUCGCGGCGCUGCGGGCGGGCGGCGAGGUGCCGCGGCUCCAGAUGACGAUGCUCGGCCUGGGCGACAUUGUCAUCCCGGGCGUCUUUGUCGCCCUGGCGCUGCGCUACGACCAGACCGUGGCCGCCCAGCGCACGCCGUCGAUCGGCUUCACGCGCUCCUACACGCGCUUCGCCAAGCCCUACUUUGCCGCCACGCUGCUGGCCUACGUCCUGGGCCUCGCCACCACCAUGGCCGUCAUGCACGUCUUCAAGGCGGCCCAGCCGGCCCUCCUCUACCUCAGCCCCGCCUGCGUCGGCGCCAUCGCCAUCACCUCGCUCGUCCGCGGCGAGUUCAAGGAGGUGUGGGCCUGGACCGAGGACGACGGCAGUGAAGGCGAGGGCAGCGAGGGCCGCGAGGACGAAAAGAAGCCGGCCAGGUCGAACAAGAAGAAGGACGAGCUCAAGAAGAGGAAGGACAAGUAG